AAGCCCUGAUGACAUUAAAAUGAAUGUCACCGCUGUGAACUCCACGGCUCUACACGUCACGUGGGCAGUAGGAGUAACCGGUAACCUCGACAUCAUCGACUCCCAGGUACGCUACAAACGGAGCUGCACGGAGGACUGGCCAGACUGGGCGUCAACCGGAGUUUCCGAUGUGAACGGCGAGGUCUACAUCUACGGCUUACGUCCGGCCGUCGAGUAUGAUGUCCAAGUGCGGGCAAACAACUCCCUGGGAUGGAGCACUCCUGGCAAUGGGACGGGAACUACAGAUGAAGCACCUCCUGAUCCUCCUCACAAUUUGCAAGCCGCCCCAACCUCCCACAACUCUGUCCACCUGACGUGGGAACCUCCAAUAGAACACAACGGUGAGAUCACCAACUACACGGUUCAAUACGGACCGUCCGAGUCGUGCAGUGAAGCCGAGUUUCCCCAUCAAGUUACCACGUCACACGGCAGCACCACCACCGUUAUCGGAGACCUGGUUCCGUACACAAACUACACAUUCCGGGUGCGGGGGGCGACAAGUGCAGGAGGAGGAGACUUCAGCGACUGUAACAUUACAAGGACACUGGAGUAUUACCCAACAGCCCCAGUUGUCCAGACGUUUGCAGACCAGCACGACUGUAACUGCCGGACGCCAAACCUCCCCCGGCCGGUCCAGCUGCGUGUAGCCUGGCGGCGCCCUGACCACAUCCACGGUCAGCUGCAGGCGUACCGAGUCAGCCUGUACAACAGGACCGGCGGGGAACCGUUCUACCAGGAGAACAUGACGUCAGGACUGCAGCAGGAGAACCUGACAGCUGUGGUGACGUCACCACACCUGCAGCCUGCGAACAACUACUCUGUCACUAUAUUAGCCAUCAACACCUUCUACCGUGGGAAAGAGAGCCAUCCAUAUAUAGCCCGUACGAGUGACGGGUGCCCAGAUGCCCCGACUGUGACAGAAUUGGCAAACAGUGAAUGUGGAGUAAACUUGACAUCUCCUACAGUAACUAGAGGGAGGCUGACAGGGUACAAUGUUAUAUAUGUUGACACACCACUUCAUAACCCGGACGAGUCUGAACCAGGCAUCAGCCGUGACCCGUUAGGUUUGGAUGAACAACAGUGGUCCAAGUCACUGGCUGAGCUUCCCGCCAACUCCUUGGUCCGAGUCACGGUCCGGGCGGUAACCUGUGCCGAGGGAGACAAGGGGGAGGAGGUCACUUGUCAAGUCUCUAGAGUUGAACCACCCCCGCAUCCAGUACUCCCUACCGGCCCACCCCCGAACGCUUCAGCAACAUCUUUUCCCAUGUUCCUUCCGAAAGUCAGCGAGAGGAAUGGUCCCGUACGUUGUUGCCAAGUCAUCAUCAUCACAAUGACUCAAAAAGAGAGUCUUGCUGACCUGAAAAUAAGAGUUGGAGAACCAGACGUCAUGCUUACAGAGGACGCUCCUGGGGACGGGAAAACUGUACCUUACGUGGCUUUGUCACUUUCAAUAGAGGAGUACAAAAGAACCGAUGUAGUACAGAUUGGCAAUGGGGCACCCUGCGGUCACGAGUGGUGCUGUGGGCGGAGUGAACUCGCCGAUCCCAGUCGCGCAAAGACUCCCGGCAAUAAGAAACUCCAGUCAGGGGAGAAGUACACAGCAGCAGUGCGGUGUUAUAUGGACUCUGGAGCCAAGAGACGCAAGCGGAACACAGAAAGGUUAUUCACGACAAGUGGGUACAUUGAACCUGUUAUCACAGAAACGGGCAACCAAGUCGAAACUAUUCCUCUCGUCCCCAUCAUCGUCGGAUGUGCGGCUGCUCUACUGGUGGCUGUGCUGGUGACAGUAGGGAUCAUAUGUUACAGGAAAAGACAGGCAAAUGACGACCAGCACGCCCAAGGGCUUCAGCUAGAUCUGAAGAUAAUCAAAGGAGACGAGCCCUCCGCUGCGGAAUCAGCUGAGAAUCCUGCAUGUAAGACGUUGGAUGAAGACAGUUAUCUUUACGAAACGACCGUUUACCGCAUCCAAGACCUUGUCACUGUGGACGACGUAGUGGAAUUCCUGAGGUCCAGUGGUUUUGGGCAGUACGCUGCAGCAUUCAGGCGACACAAGAUAGAUGGAGAUGUAGUCUCGAAUCUGAGCGACGCCGUACUUGCUGAACUCAUUCCUGAGAUCGGACCAAGGGUCAAACUACAAAAGGCUUUGCAGAAACUGAAGGACAACUCGGACUCCGCAGAAAGCAGCAAAGCUGUCCACGCUGCCUGGGAAAUUCCCCGGUCCAGUCUGACGCUCGGUAAAGUCCUUGGGAAGGGACAGUUUGGAGAGGUCCGUAUGGGGGAGCUGAGGAAGAGAGGCGUCACCCAGACUGUGGCAGUUAAGAUACUGAAAGCAUCUGCCCAAGACCGGGACAAACAGGACCUGUUGGGUGAGCUGGAGAUUCUGGUCACUGUCGGUCGUCAUGACAACAUCAUCAGUCUGGUUGGCGCAUGCACAGUAGAAGGUCCACUGACACUUGUGGUUGAGUACGCACCAAACGGCUGUCUGAAGGACUGGCUGAAGGACAACCGUCCUGAGGAACUGGACCAGACAGACGACGGGAUUGAGCUGCCGAUGGACCAACUCAUUCUGUUCGGUAUUGACAUCGCGAAUGGGAUGAGUCAUCUGGCUGCCAUGCAGUGUGUCCACCGUGACCUUGCCGUCAGGAACGUGCUCCUCGGGAAGGAUUUGACGGCAAAGAUCACGGACUUUAGUCUGUCUCGGGAUAUCUACGAGGACACUGAGUACGUCAAGAGCACCAAGAGCCAGCUUCCUGUCCGUUGGAUGGCAUACGAGUCCCUUUUCUACCACACGUACACCACACAGAGUGAUGUAUGGUCCUUUGGAGUCCUUCUGUGGGAAAUCAUGACAAUGGGUAAGAAACCGUACGGUCGGAUGACCGGCAAAGAGCUCAUGAAACUGUUGCCGGAUGGCUACAGACUGGAGAAACCUGCCCUAUGUCCUCAGGAGAUUUACGAUGUGAUGAGGCGCUGUUGGGAAACCCUCCCUGAGAACAGACCAACUUUUCCGGACCUGAAGGUGACUCUGGACCGGAUCAUUCAAGAUUACAAGACAUAUGCCUCACUGAUGAAGUGAGAAACUGCACAUAGAAAGAGAGAGACAGAGAUCAGAAGAAUCCUUUUACCAAUUGAAACUUUCUAUCAUUUUUCUAGAUAAAGCCAGAAUGACUUAUGUAUACAAUCCUAGUAAUAUCAAGUGUAAGAACAAAUAUCUUAUACUAAUUAUGAAACAUUGUAUGACUCCCAUGAAGAUUCAUUUUUGUAACUCACACAGUGCAUAUACUGCACAAGCUGCAUGAUAAUCUAAAAAUAUAUUAAGGACAAUGACUGUAAAUCUUUUAGCAAAAUAUUGCUUACAUUCUUAUUCAAGAUACAUCAUUUGUAUUUUUGUUCAUCUAACAUCUAACCAAGAAGAAACAGUGAUGUAUCUCGUAUGCAUGGAGUUGACUUUGCACAAUAAAGAAAACAAUGAAGAAAAUUUCCAACUUCAAACCAUCACUACAGUCUACAGCCUAAAACAACAUGGAGACUGGAACAAAAAUUACCAACAUACGUUUGUAUCUGCCACCAAUGUCAGGUUGCAGUUUGACAACCAAAUCAGAAGUAAUGUUUCAAUAUUAUCCUCCAUGGCACUACUUUUACUAAAAUUGCUGUCAGGGUUGUAUCGUUAUAACGCAUUACUGCGCAACUCAACUUAUAUAUUAUAUUAUAUUACAGUGUAUUGAUAAAAUCACGUCGGCCCUGGAGAAUAAUGAGUUCACCGUCGGAAUAUUUCUCGAUUUAUCCAAGGCGUUCGAUACGGUUGAUCACGGUAUACUUCUUGAUAAAUUUUGAUUUAUCAAGACGUAUGGUUUUAAAGAUAUAUUCUGCCAUUGACUGGCUUUCAGACUACCUGUAUAACAGAAAGCAAUAUCUAUCGAGUGGAAACUGUACUUCUUCCCAGAAAAAUUUAACCUGUGGUGUCCCCCAAGAAUCUAUACUUUUCUCUAACACUUUUAGAAUGUAGCUACCACAUGUACGCUCCAAGAUAUAUACAUUGUAUAAUACUAGCAAUAAUCAUUAAUUCACUAGAAAGAGACUUGUGAUAUUCAUUGUGGUGAAAAAAAUCGAGACAGCGACCCUCUAUCUCUUUAAUUGACUGGAAGAAGAAUUUUGAUACUCUUUCUAGUAAAAAAAUGAGAUAGCGACCCUCUAUCUCAUUAAUUCACUGGAAAUUUAAUGGUUCUGUAUCUGGUGAAAAUUUAGAUACUCAUCUCACUAGAAGAAGAUAUAAUGGUUGGAGAA